UACGUGCCCGAGCGGAAGCAGGAAGUGGGGGAGCAAGGCCGCUCCCGUGGGUGUGCUGGCGGUGGCCGCGCAGGCGCGGUCUGGCGGCGGCGAUGGCGGAGAAGUUUGACCACCUGGAGGAGCACCUGGAGAAGUUCGUGGAGAACAUUCGGCAGCUCGGCAUCAUCGUCAGUGACUUCCAGCCCAGCAGCCAGGCUAACCUCAACCAGAAGCUGAAUUUUAUCGUCACUGGCUUGCAAGAUAUUGAUAAAUGCAGACAACAGCUUCAUGAUAUUACUGUACCCUUAGAAGUUUUCGAGUACAUAGAUCAAGGCCGAAACCCCCAGCUCUACACCAAGGAGUGCCUGGAGAGGGCUCUUGCUAAAAACGAGCAGGUUAAGGGCAAGAUCGACACGAUGAAGAAAUUUAAAAGCCUGUUGAUCCAAGAACUUUCUAAAGUGUUCCCGGAAGACAUGGCUAAGUACCGAAGCAUCCGAGGGGAAGACCACCCACCUUCCUAAUGGUUGCAUGGCCUGUGCUGCUCCCUCAGCCCAGGAUGAACUGCUGACACCAUGAGAGGACCCUGGACUCGUCCCCAGCCCCUGUCCUGGUCACUGGGGGAGGGCAGGAUCUGCACCCCAGCAGCCCUGCAGCAUGUUGUCCUUGUGUGGCUUGCAGAUUGGCCACCCCUCACCGUGUGAGGGAUCCCUUUCACUCUUGCUGUGCUCAGAUGGGCCAGGACCUCAGCCUUGGAAAUACUGGACGUGACUGGUGAAUUAAAGGUGCAGAAACGCAGCGCAGUUUAUGUACUUGUUCUGCUCCAUUCCGUUGUGGUGUCAGAGAGCUUUAAAAAGUUAGAGACGUUGAAAAGAAAAACUGGUUUCAUGUGGGAAGUUUUUCAGUUGGUUUUAUAUAUUUUCAAGAAUAUGCAUAAACAAUGUUAAAUGUAACUUAAGUUUUCACGGAUUUCAAUUAGACAUGCAUAUAAUAAAGACUUUAAGUAUUUA